GACCACUCCGCUGCCGUAUACGCAGCCCGUGACGUACAUGCAGCCGUCUGCCACUCUGCCAGUAGUGCAGAAUCCAUAUGUGCAGCCGCUUGGGACCGGGGCGUUCAGCCCCUCCUACGGAUAUGGCGCUGUUCCUGCGCCGAUCAUGCCGCAGCCAGCUGGGUAUAUGUACAGCUAUGACCCCAGCCCUCAUGCUGGCGCGGCAUCGUAUGCGCCCGCAGCGAUGCCAGCUACUAGCUCCUUCUCGUACGUGCCUGCGGUGCCGGCUGCGGGCUCCUUCUCGUAUGUGCCGGCAGCGGUGCCAGCUACGAGCUCCUUCUCGUAUGUGCCAGCAGUGGCAGGUGCAAGCUCAUUUUCGGUGAGCCAGCCAGUGCGGUCCACGUCCUUUGAGACGUACCCGGCAUCGAUACCACCGAUGGCAGCGGCGGCCUCGCUUAGUGGCUCCUUUGUGGCCCCUGCCGGGCCAGCAACAGG